AUGUUUUCCAAGACUCCUCAUCCAUUAACCGUAGCCGCGAUAGGUACGUUGCUGGUCGGGAGCUUCGUCUAUAUCGCUCUCGGCUGGUGGAAGCUCCGGCAGUCAAGGCAAGAACUCGAGCGAAGCAACAAAUGCCUACCUCCACACGCUUUCUACCCUAAUCUGGAACCAUUCAUGGCGCUUGACAUGGUCCUCUCAGUACUAUCCGCAGCCAGAAAGAAGAAGUUGCUGGAAUGGUUCAGAGGCAACUUCCAUAAAUAUGGUCCGACAUUUGUUGUCAGCACCCUCCCAAGCAUCGCCGUUCACACCACCGAAGCCGAGAACAUCAAAACAGCUUACUCUUUGAAAUUCGAUGACUGGUCCGCCGCUCCCGGGCGGCAGGCUUUCAAGCAUGUAAUGGCUGGUUCGACGUUCAUGUCUGAUGGCGCUGCAUGGUCUCACAGACGAGGUAUUCUGCGACCAAUGUUUGCCAAGGAUCGUAUUACAGACCUUGAUCUGUUCGAGGCGCAUUUCCAGCAGUUACUGAAGCUGAUACCGGAGGAUGGGUCGACUUUCGAUCUCGGUGCUCUUUUCCAUCGGUUUGCAAUUGACGUGUCUUCCGAGUUUCUGUUCGGAGAGUCGGUCGGUUCUCUAAAAGAGUCAAUGGGCGCCAAAUCUCAACUAGCGUAUGAUCUCGAACUCGUAAUUCAAGACUGUGCGGACCGCUCCCGCUGGUCUCUAUUGUAUCGUUGGCUGAAGCGACCGGGCGUUGAUCAGGCGAUUCGUAAUGUGCAAGUUGCGACAACCAAAUACUCGCAGAUGGCUCUGGAUCGCGCAACUGAGGAUCAGAAAGAUGCUGGAAAAACAACCGAGAAGGCAUCUUCGUAUUCCUUCUUAGACGAGAUGGCACUUCAGACACAAGAUAUCAAGAAGAUGUCAGAAGAAGCAUUCAGUCUGAUGUUCGCUGGAAAGGAUACAACUGCCUCACUGCUCGGCAGUAUGUGGUAUCUACUGGCCAGGCAUCCCACGGUGUGGAACAAGCUUCUUACAGAGAUUGACCAACUAGAAGGCGCACCGCCGUCGUAUGAAUGGGUAAAGAAUGCCAAAUAUCUGAGAUAUUGUGAGCAUGAAGCUAUGAGGCUCCAUCCAGUGACCCCAAUCCUACCACCUCGUGUUGCUAACAAGGAUACUGUACUUCCGCUUGGUGGUGGUAAGGACGGCAAGUCACCCUUGUUUGUGCCUAAAGGCUCGGUCAUGGUUGUCAACAUCCAUUCUGCGAGUCGUCGUCAGGAGGUUUAUGGAGAGGACGCCGAAGAGUUCAGACCAGAAAGAUGGGAAAACCUUCGUCCAGGCUGGGUAUGUGCUAUGCACAACGUUUGCCACAAGUCGACUAACGAUCUUGUGUCUNNAGGCUUACACCCUUUCGGAGGCGGGCCACGGAUCUGCCUAGGCCAGCAAUUCGCCAUUACGGAGGUGUACUAUCUCACCGUGCGCCUUAUGCAGCAUUUCCGCCGCAUCGAGUGUCGCGACUCGAGACCGUUCCAAGAGGAUCUUGCUGGUGUUACCUUGAGCCCAGAUGGUGGCGUUCAAAUUGGUCUGUAUCAUGAGUGA